GGAGCCCGGCGAACACGACUCAAAACGAUUUUGCUUUCAGGCUAUCAAGAAUAGGCAAUAACACCUGCACAGAAAUAAAAUCGUGGCGCACCUUAUCGAGAAUUGGCGUUUACCAAGAGGUUGUUGUGUUUUUGUGAGGGUUGGACUUUACUGGCCUCGAAGGAGUGCUGUCGGCUUUUGAAGAGCGUUCUCUUCAUCAUCAGUGGUUCGAAAACUUCGGUGAUAUUCCGUGAAAUUGCGUAUUGUGCCGUGUAAAGUGUGCAAGGCAUCACGAUGAGCUCAGGAGUAUAUGGUGGAGAUGAGGUUGGCGCUCUCGUCUUCGAUUAUGGUCAGUAUUCAUUUCGGGCAGGAUAUGCCGGAGAGGACUCGCCGAAGGCUGAUAUCCCUUCCAUUAUGGGUUCUGUCGAUCAAUUGAUUGAAGGCCGGGAGGGCAAAGAGGAACUCCUGGAAAAACGUCACCUUAUCGACGUCGGUGCUCUGAACGUACCGCGCAAAGGCGUCGAACUUCAAAAUUUCAUGAAAGAUGGUCUUGUCGAGGAUUGGGACCUGUUUGAAAAGAUGCUCGACUAUAUUUAUGAGAAACAUAUUAGGUCUGAAUCACAAUUACAUCCCGUAUUAAUGUCUGAAGCUCCGUGGAAUCAACGUGCAAAACGGGAGAAAAUGACUGAAUUAAUGUUUGAAAAGUACAACGUUCCAGCGUUCUUUCUCGUAAAAAACGCGGUGCUCUCUGCAUUUGCCAAUGGUCGAGCAACAGCGUUAAUUCUUGAUGCUGGGUCAACUCAAACCUCAGCGAUUCCGGUCCAUGAUGGAUAUGUACUCCAGCAAGCAAUUGUCAAGUCGCCUUUGGCUGGUGACUUUCUGACGUUGCAGUGCAAAAACUUCUUGGAGGAGCACGAAAAAGUAGAACUCGUACCCCAUUAUCAGAUUGCCUCUAAGGAACCAGUGAAAGAGCGAGAAGCGCCUAAAUUUACCCGCAAAACAACAAUCCCCGAAGUGUCGAAAGCUUGGGCGGAUCUUCAGGUAAAGAAUCUUUUGCGUGAUUUUCAAGCGUCAGUUCUGCAGGUGGCAGACGCCCCUUACGAGCAGGAGACCGCUGAAGGAAUGCCCGCAGUUCAUUACGAGUUUCCUACAGGCUAUAACGCUGACUACGGAGCAAAGCGAUUCGAACUUGCCGAAGGUCUUUUUGAUCCGUCUGUAAUUAGGCCGCAACUUCCAGGCACUCCGAUGGGUGCUGCACAAACUGUGACAACGGCAGUCGGCCUUUGUGACGUUGAUGUUCGGCCCGCGCUUUAUGGCAAUAUCACACUGGUGGGAGGUGCCACACUCCUACAGGGUUAUGGGGAGCGCCUCCAGAGAGAUCUCUCAUGUAAGACGCCGCCAUCAAUGCGCCUCAAAUUCAUCGCACCCAACACGCCUGCAGAGAGAAGAUUUGCCCCAUGGAUUGGUGGUUCUAUUCUCGCUUCGUUGGGUACAUUUCAGCAAAUGUGGAUUUCGAAACAGGAGUAUGAAGAAGGUGGAAAGCAAGUCGUCGAACGCAAAUGUCCUUAAAUUUAUCUUCUCACAUGUAUAUAGUAUGCUUAUAGCAACUUUAUAAUGGCAUUGAGUUAAUACUAUGCUUACUAUUUGUACGAUUGUCUUUGAAUUAUUUACGUAGUAGGUAUAUGUAUACGUACCUAUGUAAAUAUGUAGUCUUGUACUACAUAUUUCUGACAAAAUCGGACCAAUAAUAUUAAUAAAAAAGCAAGCGUAAGUGACCCACAAUGAAACCCUAAUCUAUUCAUUUGUCUCGUUUUUUUUUCUGUUUGGAUAAACAUAUGUGCCAGCCAGGGUAUGUUCAAAUGCAAAGUAGAUUCAACUCAUCUCUGAUGAAAUAUCGAUAACGUUUCAACUUUAACUUCGCUAAGUUGUUUAGUAUUUUAUAACCAUACUGUUAAGGUUUUGUAAAUUGAAAUGUAGGAUCUAAUAACGGUGAUAAAAAAAAACAAAGCGAAAAGCACAAAACUUUCCUCGAUGCAUUUGCAGUGAGAAGAUUUAAUCUUCUUUGAGAACGGCUGUAUGUUAAUAAAAAAAGGGUUUGCUUAAUAAAGAUGUUUUGAUAUAUUGCUGCGCAAGACUGGCAUAAAAAGAUGAAAAAAACACUGUCAACGCAUAAUGAUGUAUUAGCAAGUAAGUUCCAAAGCACGUAUUUUUUUGACCAUCUGUGUGAGCUUUGUCCCAUCAUUCCGUCUUGCUAUCAUUCUUUUGAGUCACUUCUGAAAUAAAUGUAUUAGAAAAUGUUCCUGUGUUUUUUUCGCAAAGGUCACCCUGCCGUUGUCUCACGACAUGGCGUUGUUUUUCAUGUACUUAAUAGAAUCAAUGUCUUGUUAAUGCAUACGAUCGGGCAGAAUCGACGAUUAUAAAAAAAAAAAAUUCAGUUUUCUUUUAGGUCUAAUCCGACUGUUCUUCUGCGAUCUGCAACGCGCAAAGCUUAUGCCGAUAUGGAUCACACAGAAACAAAAAUUGUCACUGUGAUCGGUGUUACUAGAUUUUAAAGACACGUAUUUUUUUUUCGGUUUAAAAUCCUAGCUUGAAUAUUUUUAACAGAAAUUUAAUUUAUUAAGCUAAUUAGACCCGUGGAAUCAUUUUUUUUUAAAUGUAUGAUAAGAGUAUAUGGACGCUAUUGUAACACAGAAUAAAACUGCAAGCGUCGACUAAGACAAAGGAAAUCUGGUGAUGUCAUUUAUUAAUAAAAACGGUAAUACGACUUUCAGAUAAAACGCUCCGUCAAUUAUAUAUGAUAUAGUAUUAAUAAAUAGAUACUACUUAGGAAGGAAAAAGUUUUACGUUUGUAAAAAAGACAUUUAUAUACGCGGUACUGUUCAGGUGCGACAUGAUUAAUAGAUUCAAUAUAGAACCUGUUCUGCGUAUCUUUUUACGUAUGCUACCAUUUCCACGUUCGUGCUUUAUCAUAAUUUACGAUGAGAGGAUGCAGUGCAUCGAAAAUUUGCUGCAUAUAGAAUGCUUAUUUGAUACUUGAGACCCGAUAAUCGGUGUUCUACCUACGAAGGCUAUCACCGACCAGUGAAGUAAUCAUUAUUCGUCUUUCCUAUUUUUCUUUCUCCAUUUUUACAUGAUGAACAAUACGAAAUGUUUACGCUCUUUUUCCUCAGAAAUGCCAACGACUUAGUCGACAUUCACGAUGUGCCAACACUUUACCAACACAACCCUUUAUUGGUGUUUCAUCUUUUGAGAGCAGGAAAACGGAAAUUAACAAUCGCUCUCCCAUAACUGAAAAAUAACUGAUAGGGACUCGAGCCCGGUCCUCAAAAAUUAGCCUAGAUGUUAUAUAUAAUAGUAGAUCAAUGAAUAUUAACUUAUGCCUUCUGUUUCAUAUAAAGCUGCUCAUGUUCGUAGUUGUUAGGGCAUAACUACGUUUUUGAAGCCAGUUGUUGUUGGCGUUGUUUUCGCAUUGCAUAUUUGUUUUUGUUUUUUUGUCGUUUCUGAACUGUCACAUCGAGUACCUAGAGACA